AACUGCGACCCUCUAUCAUUUGUCGUCCUUACCCCUCUCCUUCGGGAGUAAUUUGUGAGCUUGGCAGCCGAUGGCCAAACAUGGGGAUCUCUUGGGAGUCAAUUUCCGAAUCAUUCUUUGCCUAGCUGACGUUAAAACCGCUUGAUAACUACUAUUUUGAAAUGCGCUUAAAGAUUUAUUAUUACCUGAAGAUAAACUUAGUCCCAAUCGAUGAGGACGAAAUUCGACUGCUCUACCUUCCUCGUCGAUCUUGGAAGCCGUUUGCCGGCGGGAUAAUUCAAGUAAAAUUGUUUUCAGUGCCCCUAGCAGAAGCAAAAGAUUAUCAUUAUGAGGCAAUGUCUUACACCUGGAGGGAGACAUCUCUUCAGCGAUCUAUUGCAAUCUGGGGUAGGCGACACGACAUUAGUCAGAGCCUCCACCAACUUCUGCAUGCUAGGCGAUCCUUCAUUCAUGAUCGCUUUCUAUGGAUCGACCAAAUUUGCAUUAACCAGGAGAACGGCGAAGAGGUUCAAAGUCAGAUCAAGAAGAUGAGAGAUAUCUACAUCGACGCAUACCGUGUAGUCGCUUGGCUAGAUGACAAUUUCGACGCGUCGAUGGCUGCGCGUACUAUUGCAGAAAUCUCUAACAAAUUUCAGUUAUAGAAUAUACAAUCAGAUAAAUUCCUCAAUUAUUGGGACAG